GGCCCAUCGCGGCCGCCUUAGCCGCGCCGUCCCCGGCCCGCCGCGGUGCCUCGGGCUCUGCCCGGGCCUCCGGGGGGUUCGGCGCCGCCGGGCUGGGCCGGGCCGGGCCGGGCCGGCGCCAUGUUCACCAGCACCGGCUCCAACGGGCUUUAUAAAGCACCUUUGUCAAAGAGUCUGUUAUUAGUCCCAAGUGCCAUCUCAAUUCUGUUGACUCUGCUCUUCCAACAUUAUCAGAAGUUCUUUGCAUAUAACCUACAAGCUAUAAAAGAGGAUUUUCAGAUAUGGAGACUUGUAUGUGGGAGAACAAUAUGUCUUGAUCUGAAAGAUACAUUCUGCAGCAGUCUGCUCAUUUACAACUUUAGAAUAUUUGAAAGAAGAUAUGGCAGCAGAAAAUUUUCAUCCUUUUUACUGGGUGCUUGGAUGCUCUCAGCUUUGUUUGAUCUUCUCCUUGUAGAAAUUGCUCAGUAUAUAUCUGGCAUCACCAUCAACAGCUUGCCUUCUGGUUUUUUGGGUCCUGUGUUUGCUCUGUUUGUACCAUUUUAUUCCUCCAUUCCAAGAGUGCAAGUGACACAAGUAUUAGGCCACUUUUCUAUCACAAACAAGACAUUGGUCUAUAUACUGGGUUUACAGCUCUUAACCUCUGGUUCCUACAUCUGGAUUUUAGCCUUAAGUGGAUUGGUUUCUGGGAUCUGCUACAAUAGCAGUAUAUUAAAAGUUCAUCAAAUUCUUUGUGUACCCGCCUGGCUAGCAAAGAUAUUUUCUUGGACUCUUGAGCCAAUCUUCACGUCUGCGGAACCAACGAACGAAUUUCGUGUGGGAAUGGGAGCAACAGUUGACAUCCAGAGGCAGCAGAGAAUGGAAUUACUGGAUCGUCAAAUCAUGAUGUCUCAGGUUGCCCAAGUGCGGCGGCAAAGGCAGCAGCAGGGUGGCAUGAUAAACUGGAAUAGACUGUUUCCUCCUUUACGUCAUAGACAUAAUGCGAAUUAUCAAGAUCAUCGCCCGUCUGAACAAGACAUACCUCCACCUACUGAGGUUUCUGAAGAGCAGGUUGCGCGGCUUAUGGAAAUGGGAUUUUCCAGGGGAGAUGCUCUAGAAGCUCUGAGGGCUUCAAAUAAUGACUUAAAUGUAGCCACUAAUUUUCUACUGCAGCACUGAUGGUUUUCUGUGUGAAGGAACUUCACAUGAUGGGUUUGUAUGCGUCUGGAAGAGGAUCAAAGCCACCUGCUGGACAGACUGACGAACGUCGUUCCCCCGAGAGCGUCAGAAAGGAGAAACUAGCUUCUCGUGACUGGUGAUUCAAAAUGAUGUUAAUGAAUGAUGUGAACUUUUCCCAGGCCUUCAGAUCACUUGGUGAUUUCUACUCUGGUUAUCCUUUUCAAAGUAACUUUUUCUUCUCGUUACUGGGUAUCACCUAAAUUUAUUUUAAAAAUAAAGUAGGUGGGGUUUUUUCUUGUAAAUCCUUGUUAGAGAUGUUAUCACACGUAAUGACUAGGAAAAGAAGCUCCAACAACCAAAACAACUAGAUUCACCUAUGAAGAAAAAUAAUAUUUUCUUCAUUUACCACUCUAAUUUCUCUAGCUUACAUGUUAUUUUACAGUACUUGAUUUUUGAUUACAGUAAUAAGAGAUUUGAAGAUAAUUUUCAACUCAGUAAAGGCUUAUGGGACUACUGUGAUAUUCUCCAGAAAGUUUUAUUAAUGCCUGUAAUAUUUUCUCUCUUGAAUUCCUUUUUGAACAAAAGUUGUCAUUCAGAACAUAGAACACAGGUAGGAUGUGAGAAAAUUCAUGUGCAGAUUGGAAACUAUGGUAAGUGACCACUGUAAAUUUAAGUUUUACCAACUGAGUAAAUUGCUAUUCAGAUACAGGUCAUGAAGAUGCUCAGUGAAAGCAAUAAAGGUGAAUUGAAUGAUACAGUAAGAUAAAAAGUGACAUUUUUUUAAUGACUUCCGUGUCUGAUUCAGACAGACUGAAACGAUGUGUGUAUGCUCAGUGUCCCAUGUGCUGGUUUCAUUUUUUGACCUGGCUACAUACUGUCUUAAAAGAAAAUUAUAAAAAGCUAACUUUUUCUAUGUAUAGUUCUAGUUUUCUACUGUCAAAGAUGUGGAUGACCUUGCAUUUGCUGAAUCCUUACUGUCUGAAGGAACUUACUGUUGGUCAUAGACCAAAAUAUUAACCUGAAGGGUGAUUCAGGAUAACACAGGAGGUAAAAGGAUGCUAAUGCUAAGGUAGUGUUGGUUUUGAAGUUUAGACUGAUAAAUAAACUUUCUUGGCUUGGGGCUUAGAAGUGCUCAGUAUUAACACCGUAGGAGUUUCAGGAGGUGGGGUGGAGAGAUCUCUAUAAAACCAGGCUGAAGUAAUUAGGAGAUUCCAAACUGCAACUCCAUGAAACCAAUCUACUCAUGUAUCUCAAGCAUUUAAUGUAUAUUUCUGUGUGUACUCUUUUUUUAUAUGUUGUGUGUAUGUAUGUGUCCCUUUAUAAACACACAGGCAUUUUAAAUACGUACAUACCUUAAGACUAAGAGGACAUCAGAAGCAUGACAAAGGCAAUAGCAGCUGCAAAGGGGAGGAGGUGAAAAUGCAGGAGACAGAAGGAUGUUUUGAACAUCCAGAUGGAAAUGUGUGUACCGAAGUACAGAUCUGCGCAGUCUCACUUGGCCUGGAAAAUACACUGGGAAAUUACAGGACAAGUUUAGGGAGAGACAGAUACCUUUCUUUUGUUUAAUGUACCGAUAAAACUGAAAAAAGUCAUGCAGGCAUACAAGUCCUUUUCCAGAAAUGACAUCAAAUUUGUGCAGUUUUCAGCACAUGAAUGUCCUGUAUCUAUUUUUUAGUAUUUUCCAGAGGGUAAAAUAAGGGGUUUUUUUUAGUGACUGUGUGUUUUCCUGGCGUUAGAUCAACCUCCUUCAGGGUCUGGGCUUGCUGUUAUGAUGACACCAUUUGGGCAGGGUCUGAUUUUUAUUUGAAAGGUUUUGUUUGUGUGAAGCUGAGUACCUUGAGUGUACCCAGAGAACUCUGGAAACCUACUGUCUUAUAAAGGAAAGGGCAAAUGUAAGAAGAAAAGCCUACAAUACUUUGUAUAUGUAAACUAGUUGAGUGUUUUGAAACAAGUAUAGGUUUUAAUUUUGAAACACAGAUUCUUCCUUCACAAAUAUUUUAUCAAAAGUAGCAAUAAAGACCAGUGAAUUACUAUUAGAAGUAAAAUUUUGUCUCUAGGAAACCAAGGUCCACUUAGCCCAGGGUAAAUUAAAUAUGACCUGUGCCCUUUCAGACAUUGCCAUGCUCUAGGGACGAGCACAAAGAGCAUUUAUUCUUUGGAAUUUAAAAACAUGUCAAGUGGCACUUGGGACAUGUAAGAGGAUAUUCUCCAAGUCUAAAUACUUUCUUACUAUUAUCUAUACAAGGGGUAUCCAAAUGUCACAGUUUGGAAAACCCUGUUUUGCUGGGCAUUUUACAAAUAUCAAACAUAAGGGGUCAUUGUGAUGUCAGUUGAAAACUCCCCUGUGACAAGUGUUCAUGCUCAAAAUGCUUCCAGGAUUGUGAUUUCCAAUUAAAAAAAAAAAAAAAAAAAAGAAGAAGUGGUAAAAGGAGGGGUCUUGGGUGCCAUUGAGCACAUUUCCUGUUUCGUACAAGAACCGUAGAAUAAAGAUUCACACGUUAAAGCUGGAAAACAACUUGGUUGCCAAAUGAUGGUGAAACUUUCAUGGACCAUUUCUGGGAAUGCAAGGAACAUGUUCCUCACAGCCUACACGGAGUUUGCCCAAUACAUUUUGAAUAAUCUCAUCAGGUUCUGUUUUGUGUCUGACCCAAGAUUAUUUUUUUAGACAGCAAGAGGAUGCGAAGUAGUUUUUUUUAUGGAGAGGAUUUUAAGUCCCUAGGAAAUUCACACUGGUUUUAGUAAAGCCAAGGUUUGGUAUUUUGCAAUAAAAGUAGUUGCUGCUGUUAAAAUUUCUCUACUAGACUAGGAAAGUUGUCUUUUGAGACAACACCAGAAUAAUUUACUGGGGACUUUCCCAGACAGUUAUGUAAUACUUCAAAAUACACCCACAGGGAAGUUUGCAUUUGUGGAUAUCUGCCUGAUAAGCUACCAGGUUCUCAAGCCUUAACUUUUUGCUAAGAUGCAGAAUGGUUGGACUCCGUACCUUCCAAAACCAUUCUCUUCUCCCCCAGACAAGUGUUAAAGGUUGCCUGCUACUCAGGUGAGCACGUGGACUGGCACAGCUGGUUCAUGCACCAUCCUAUGCAUGUUGGUGCCUUUGUGAACCUGUGAUGGAGAAGAGGUCUCCUUGGUUUUGUCUGAAACAGAAGAACACGCAAGUAAAACAUAUUGCAAGAUACUGAGCAGAGGGCAAUGUUUUUGGCUCGCCUGUUUGUGUAUAUAUAUACAUGUAUGUGUAUAUGCAUAUAUAUGUGUGUAUAUAUAUAUAUGUAUAUAUACAGAGUGAGUAUGUAUUGAUUUGAUUAAUUUAACUGGAGCUAAAAGUUUGUUGAAGAAAAUUAAAAGUCUGUAUUCAAAGAC